UACGAAAACGAAAACGAAGAACUCAAAAGGCCCCCCUUCUCCCCCACCCCCACCCCACCUCACCUCCAUUUUCUGCUACAUACACACAGGUAUAUAUUUAUAUGUGUGUGUAUAAUAAAAACAAGGAGACUUCUCCAUCUACAGAUGAGAAAGUUUUUAGAGAGAGAAUUAAACACAUAAUUGAAUUCCGUCUCUCUUCCUUCAACUCAAGAGACUCUCUCUGUUUCUCUUUUUGUUAGGGAAUUGUGUUUGAUUCGAGCUUGGGCCUACCAUCGAUCCCGUGAAAGCCACUGUUCGGGGUUGCUUUUGGAGAAUCUGCAGCUGAAUUAUGCGUUUCUCAUCUUAAUUUUUAUGUCUGAAUUGUGUCCAACUGCAGAUUCGGUGGAGGUGGAGGAAGCCAUGCUGGUGUUGUUUAUCUGAAUUGGAGCUAUUCGUAUAUAGCUGAAUUGCCGCUUGGAAUUCUCGGAGAGGAUUUUUGGAGAGAGGAGAAGAAUCGCGGCGAAUGCGCCUCCGAUCUUCACGUUGGAGGCGGAUCUGAUUCGGAGCUCGAAUUAUUUACGCAAAACACAAAAAUCUGCAGAUUGAGGAAUAAAUUAUACAUGGAAUUGCCUGUUGGAACUGAAGGAAGAAAGGCGACUCAUGAUUUUCUCUCACUAUAUUCGUCAUCAGCUGCACAUAACCAACAAGAUCCGUCUCCCUCGCAAGGUGGCUACCUUAAAACGCAUGACUUCUUGCAACCAUUGGAACGGGUGGGGAAGCAUGUAACAACGACGAAAGAAGAUAUUAAAGCUGGGGUGGCUGCUGUUGAUAGGCCUCCAGCGCCAGCUCCUCCAGCCUCAGUGGAGCAUCUUCUUCCUGGUGGCAUUGGGACGUACAGCAUCUCUUAUUUCAAUCAACUGGUGUUAAAGCCUGAGGGGAGCUUGUUUACUGCUCAGCCAACCAGGAAUGAUGAAAACUCAAACUGCAGUUCUUACUCGGGAGGUAGUUUCACUCUGUGGGAUGAAUCUGCGGUUAAAAAGGGAAAGACAGGGAAGGAGAAUAUUGCCACAGAAAGACAUAUUCUGCAAGAAGCGGGUGUUAAUGUGGUUGGAGGGCAAUGGGCGCCAUUCCUGGAAAAGCCAUCACAAUCCUCUUCUAACCAUAAGCACAACACCACAAAUUUCAGCACUUUCUCAUCUUCUCAGCCAUCAUCAUCUCAGAAGAACCAAAGUUUCAUGGAUGUGAUGACAUCAGCUAAGAAUGACCAAGAAGACGAUGAUGAUGAUGAAGAAGAAGAAGAGUUCACCAUCAAGAAAGAGCCAUCACCCCACUCAAAAGGUAAUUUGUCUGUGAAAGUUGAAGCAAAGACUAUAGAUCAGAAGCCUAAUACACCACGGUCUAAACACUCAGCUACAGAGCAACGAAGGAGGAGCAAGAUUAAUGACAGAUUUCAGAGGCUGAGAGAGAUCAUUCCUAAUAGUGAGCAGAAGAGAGAUAAGGCAUCGUUCCUCUUAGAGGUUAUCGAGUACAUUCAGUUUUUACAAGAGAAAGUAAACAGAUAUGACAGUUCCUAUAACAUCUGGAAUCAUGAGCCAGCCAAAAUGAUGCAAUGGAGGAACUGUCACGUGAGUGAAGGUUUUGUAGAACGUGCACGAGGAACAAGCAGUGAUUCUGCUCCAGCGUCAGUAUUUGGCAAGAAGUUCGAUGAGAGCAAAGCUGCUGUCUCCCCCAGCCUACCAAUCAGCGGGCAAAACCUAGUAGACUCAGAUUUGAGCACUGCUACUACUUUGAGAGAAAGAGUGGUUCAACUGCCCGAAUCAACCUCUAAGGCAGCGACAAUUCAUUCGCCAAUGCAGCCAAAUAUCUUCACUCUUGGUGGUAGGACAACAAGCAUUCCAGCUUCCCCGAUUUCACCAAAACAGGCAUCCGAUCUGGAGAAAGCCAUGACAUGGCCUCCAUCUCAGCUUCGAUCAUGUACCACCGACACUAAAAUGACAGAACAUGAACUGACCAUUGAAAGUGGCACCAUCAACAUCUCUAGUGUCUAUUCCCAAGGGCUGUUGAAUACUCUCACACAAGCGCUACAGAGCUCUGGAGUGGAUCUAUCCCAGGCCAGCAUCUCAGUACAAAUCGAUCUGGGGAAGAAAGCAAACGGCGUCACACAUUCUUCUACCUUUAUCUCCAAGGAGGAUGAAGUUGACACCACCUUACCGCGUUCUGCAACGGCUAGCACGGGGAAGGAAUUCGGGCGUGCUGCGAAGAAACUAAGGACUAGCUGAAGCCUAGUGUAACAGUAUAGUAUUAUUCUUUUGUAGUUUUAUUUGUUCAUUUUUUGGGGUUCCGUUUUCGACAGGGAAGGUAUGUAUGCCUAACUCAGGAACCAAUGUACAUGUGUUUUUUAUUAUUCUAUAUGUUUUUUUACCUCCAGUUUUGGGAUAACACAUAUCUCAGCACACAAAAAACGUUGUCUUAUUAUGUAAUACUAUCUGUAUGUUACUAUUAUUUAUGAAAGAGGCUUCCAUUCUGAUAUUAGGAAGCCCUGCUUUUUGUUUCAA